GGACAUGUCAGCCGCUUGACUGUGGACGGGUUUUCCUUUCCCGGGAGCCCGCAGGCCUUCUGGUGACCGCCACGGCUGUCGCCUCCGAGCGUGGGUCCCAGACCCAGGACGGCUGUGGCGGACACCGACUUUCCCGGUCCCUUCCAGACGCUGUCUGGCGAGAUCGGACGUUUACAGAUAUGGUCCCGACCUGUACAUGAAUAACCUUGGUUAGAGUGAACAUUCAAUAAUGAGCGGUGCAGCUUUGGGACUUGAGAUUGUUUUUGUCUUUUUUCUGGCAUUAUUUCUUCUUCAUCGAUAUGGAGACUUUAAGAAACAGCAUAGACUGGUAAUUGUUGGAACGCUGCUUGCUUGGUAUCUCUGCUUUCUUAUUGUCUUCAUACUGCCUCUGGAUGUUAGUACGACAAUAUACAACCGGUGCAAGCAUGCUGCUGCAAAUUCAAGCCCUCCUGAAAGUAGCAACGUUACAGGAUUGUAUGCAACUGCUAACCCCAUGCCAAGCCAACAUCCAUGUUUCAAGCCAUGGAGUUACAUUCCUGAUGGAAUCAUGCCAAUUUUCUGGAGGGUGGUAUAUUGGACAUCACAGUUUUUAACAUGGAUUCUCUUACCGUUUAUGCAGUCAUAUGCAAGAUCAGGAGGGUUUUCUAUCACUGGAAAGAUCAAAACUGCACUGAUUGAGAAUGCAAUCUAUUAUGGCACCUAUUUGCUGAUAUUUGGAGCAUUUUUAAUUUAUGUAGCUGUAAACCCACAUUUGCAUUUAGAAUGGAAUCAACUUCAGACAAUUGGGAUAGCUGCUGCAAAUACAUGGGGUCUGUUUCUUCUUGUGUUGUUGUUGGGGUAUGGCUUGGUGGAAAUUCCUCGGUCAUACUGGAAUGGAGCAAAAAGGGGUUAUCUACUUAUGAAAACUUACUUUAAGGCAGCCAAACUGAUGACAGAGAAAGCAGAUGCAGAAGAGAAUUUAGAGGAUGUCAUGGAGACCAUUUUCUUGUUUCCAGAGAAGAGAAAAAGACAAAGGCAAGAAGAAGGUGAAAAUCGAAGAAGAGAAUGGAAAGAACGUUAUGGACACAAUAGAGAAGAUUCCACUAGGAACAGAAAUGUUCAUACUGACCCUAAAGAGUUAAACUUCUCAGAUAUUAAUACCAACCGAUCAGCAUCCAAAUAUACCAGGACUAAUAAUAGGACUGAAAGGGACCGAAUAGAACUUCUCCAAGAUGCAGAACCUUUGGAUUUUAAUGCAGAAACAUUCACUGAUGAUCCUCUUGAACCUGAAUCAAGAAGGUAUCAGCCUGGUGGACGAUAUCACUCCAUGUCUUAUGCCGGAAUAUUUGAUGAUGUGUAAUGCCUGAAAAAAUUUAUGGAACAGCUAACCAAUGUCAACACAUCAGUUCAGCCUUUAUGAACAUUCUGUGUACUCUAGGAUUUCCUUUUUACUCUCA